AUGACUAUGAUUGAAGGUCUGUUCUAUAUGAGGAUCUUACUCCUGCUACAAUGGUUUGGGAUGUUUCUGUCCUUUUCUGGACUCACCCAGGCUGAGAACCCACAAUAUCUCAGUCCUCCAGAGGUGGUGAUUCCCAUGAAGGUAGCUAGCCCUGACAGAGUGGGGCCUCCAGGCUGGCUUUCCUAUCGCAUGCACUUUGGAGGCCAGGGACACACUGUCCACAUAAAGGUCAAGAAGCUUUUGCUUCCCAAGAUUCCAGUGUUCACCUACACAGACCAGGGUGCUCUGCAUGAAGACCAUCCUUUUGUUCAGGAUAACUGCUACUAUCAUGGUUUUGUGGAGGGGGACCCAGAAUCUCUGGUUGCCCUCAGUACUUGUUUUGGGGGCUUUCAAGGAAUGCUACAGACAAAUAACAGUACUUAUGAAAUGAUACCCAGAAAUUUUCCUACCACAUUUGAACAUCUGCUAUAUAAGAUGUAUAGUGAGGAGACACAAUCUACAACCGGGAACUCUCACCUUAAACAACAUAAAGUAGCAUGCCAAGUGGAGUUUCAAGAGAUUGAUAAUUCCACUCUAAAUCAAAGUCGCUAUGAAGGCUGGUGGGUCCAUUAUAGGACUAUUGAAAUGGUAUCAGUGUUUGAUAAUAAGCUAUAUGCUCGUUUUGGAAAGAAUGACUCAAAAGUGAUGGAGGAUCUUUUUACUACGGUAAAUAUAGUGGAUUCAAUUUAUACUGUUAUGGGCAUUAACAUAUUAAUGUGUGGUUUGGAAAUCUGGACUGAAAGAAACCUUAUAGUAAUAGAUGAUGUAAGAAAAUCUCUGGACAUAUUUUGCAGGUGGAAACUUGCAAACAUUUUUCCUCGGAUUUAUCAUGAUACCACACAUCUUUUUAUUAACAGUCACUUAAGAGGAUUAAGUGGCCUAGGUAUGGUGAGAGGAAUGUGUUAUCCACCACGUAGUUGUGCAAUUGUUACUUAUGCUAACAGAACUGUGACCCUUUUCGCAAUUGCAAUAUCUCAUCAUUUAGGUCAUAAUUUAGGCAUGAACCAUGAUCAGGCUACAUGUAACUGUGGACAUCCUAAGUGUAUAAUGCAUGAGGAUAACCCAGGAAUAACUAAAUUUAGCAACUGUAGUAAUAAUGAUUUUUGGACCUACACUAUAGCAGCUACAUCAUGUUUACUAGACAAUGUACACUCCAAAGAUAUCUUUAGCGUGAAGCGCUGUGGAAAUGGUAUUGUUGAAGAUGAAGAACAGUGUGACUGUGGGCUUUUCCGUCACUGUGCAAAAGACCCGUGUUGUAUGCCAAACUGCACUCUGAGUUAUGGAGCUACUUGUGCCUUUGGACUUUGUUGUAAAGACUGUAAGUAUUUACCAUCAGGGGAAGUGUGUAGAAAAGAGGCUAAUUUGUGUGAUCUUCCAGAGUGGUGCAAUGGAACUUCCCAUAAGUGCCCAGAUGAUGUAUAUGUGGAAGAUGGAAUUCCUUGUACUGACACAGCCUACUGCUUUGGAAGGGAAUGUAAUGACCGCGAUGAACUUUGCAGGCAGAUUUUUGGACAAAAAGCAAAGAGUGCAAAUAAGAAUUGCUACAAACGAAUCAACACCCAAGGUUCUCGUUUUGGCAACUGUGGUUUACAAGGCGUUACAUAUAAAAAAUGUAAUGAUGCAGAUGUCAUGUGUGGGAGAGUUCAGUGUGAUAAUGUGACAGAAAUUCCCUCUUUGAUAGAACACUCUACUGUGCACUAUGCUAGUUUCAACAACAUGACCUGCUGGGGUACUGAUUACCAUCCAGGGAUGAAAAUACCUGAUAUCGGUGUAGUGAAAGAAGGUACAAAGUGUGAUCGAGAACAUCUCUGCAUCCGUAAGCAAUGUAUGCAUAUAUCUGUACUGGAUAGUAACUGCUCACCUACAUUCUGUAAUAUGAGAGGAAUCUGUAACAAUAAACAUCACUGCCAUUGUAACUAUUUGUGGGACCCUCCAAACUGUGUGAUCCAAGGAUAUGGAGGUAGUGUUGACAGUGGUCCACCCCCAAAGAGAGAGCGGAAAAAGAAGUUUUGUUAUCUGUGUCUACUGUUGCUUCUUAUUUUGAUUAUUUUAUUGUGUUGUCUUUGUCGGCUUUGUAUGAAGAAAAAACCUAAGAAAGAAGAGCAAAAAGAUCAAGCUAAAACUGGAAAAGCAGAGAAAACAUUGCAUAGUCAACACGGAUCAUUGCUUUCCCACAGUCAACAACAAAAGCAAUCAGCACCCUCUUCAAGAACUUCAUCCAAAAAAAGUUCCAUUAAAUAUUAA